ACGAGGCACGUUCAUGCGCCAUAACAGUUUGCCGCCACGGUCUGGAAAGGCGAACGUGGAGCGCGGUGUUGGAGUACAGCAUUUAGCGUUUAUUUGAAGUAGGAAACGUAGUUAUUUUGUGUGAAAUACGUGUAUAAAUACUUAUAGGGGCAUACAUUUGUUUCAGGCUACAGAAGAAGAGGGAGAAGGAGAUUCAGAGAGUCCUACGUUCACCGUCGUUUGAACGGGGAUUCUAGUAGGCCGCAUUAGCUAACAAGAUAACCGACAUCAUGGCCGACGACUUUGACAUCGAAGCAAUGCUUGAGGCGCCAUUUAAAAAGACAUGCCUAUAUCUCACCUCUACUCCCAUGAAUUCCAGUGUGAACUGUCAAAAAAAUGAAGGAUGAGACCAAGUCCAUAAGUUCCAAUGGCCAUGAAGACCGGAGUAAGAAGAAAAAGAAGAGCAGGAGUCGUAGCAGGAGUAGGGAGCGAAAGAGAAGCAAGAGUCGUAGCAGGAGUAGGGAACGAAAGAGAAGCAAGAGUCGGGAACGUAAAAGGACCCGAAGCCGGGAAAAGAGUCGGGAACGUAAGAGGAGCCGGAGCCGCGACAAGAGACGCAGUCGGAGUAAGGAAAGACGCCGCAGCCGCUCAAGGAGCAGAGAGCGCGGAGGCCGCUUCAGAGUGUCCUUUUCUGGCCUGAAAUUUAACGGUGGUUCCAGGGGGAAGACUGGCCCACCACCUGCCAUCAAACUAAGCCGUAAAAGGUCUAGAAGCCGCAGCCCUUUCAGAAGAGACAAAAGCCCUAUCAGACAACCCAUAGAUAACCUUACGCCAGAGGAGAGGGAUGCACGUACAGUUUUCUGCAUGCAGCUUGCUGCCAGAAUCCGGCCACGGGACCUGGAAGAGUUCUUCUCUGCUGUGGGAAAAGUAAGAGAUGUGAGGAUGAUCUCUGACAGGAACUCCAGGAGAUCCAAAGGCAUUGCUUACAUUGAAUUUGUGGAAGCCACUUCUGUGCCUCUGGCAAUUGGCCUGUCUGGACAAAGGCUGCUAGGUGUACCGAUCAUUGUUCAGGCUUCACAGGCUGAAAAGAACAGAGCAGCUGCAACGGCAAACAACUUGCAGAAAGGCAGUGCUGGGCCUAUGAGGCUUUAUGUUGGCUCACUUCACUUCAAUAUCACUGAGGACAUGCUCAGAGGAAUCUUUGAACCAUUUGGACGGAUUGAUAGUAUUCAGCUUAUGAUGGAUACUGAAACAGGGCGAUCCAAAGGAUAUGGCUUUAUCACAUUUGCUGAUGCUGAAUGUGCUAAGAAAGCCUUGGAGCAGCUAAAUGGCUUUGAGCUGGCUGGCAGGCCAAUGAAAGUGGGUCAUGUGACUGAGCGCACCGAUGCGUCCACAGCAAGCUCCUUCCUGGAUAAUGAUGAGUUGGAGAGGACUGGCAUCGACCUGGGCACUACUGGAAGGCUGCAGCUCAUGGCCAGGCUGGCUGAAGGUACUGGUCUGCAGAUCCCUCCAGCUGCACAGCAGGCUCUUCAGAUGAGUGGCUCCAUGGUUGCAAUGGCAGCAGCUACAGCGGCUAUGAAUCCUGGGUUAAGUUUCAACAUCAGCAUGCCCACAAACCAAGCUUUAAAUCUACCAUCUCAGCCUAUUGCCACACACUGCUUCCAGCUUUCUAACAUGUUUGAUCCACACUCGGAGAAUGAUCCUGGAUGGGAUAUUGAAAUCCAAGAUGAUGUAAUUGAAGAAUGUAACAAACAUGGUGGUGUUAUUCAUAUAUAUGUGGACAAGAAAUCUACUGAGGGAAAUGUAUAUGUGAAGUGUCCAACCAUCCCUGCUGCUAUGGCCGCAGUAAGUGCAUUACAUGGACGUUGGUUUGGAGGUAAAAUGAUCAAAGCAGCAUAUGUCCCCCUGCCAACAUACCACAAUCUGUUCCCUGAGUCAGUGCAAGCAACACAGCUUCUUAUGCCUACUCGCCGGUGAUCUCUUGCCUCUGAGGAUCAUUAUUUUUCAGCCUUUCUCUUUUUAACAUUUUUGGGUAAAAUAUUCGUAUUGAAAUUCUGCAAGCUAUGGCAGUUCCUUUUUUCUUUUUUUGUUUGUUUGUUUUUGUUUAAAUUAAUUGAUUUUAAGAGGUUCAGAUGCCCUUCAUGUUAAUUGGGCAUAUAAAGAAGGUUCUGUGGUAGUUUUGUAUGUACAGCCAUUUUUUUUCCCCUCCUCCCGUCAAGGUGUCUUGACCUUAUGUUGUUGAUAUAAUUUUUUUUUUUUCUUCAACAUGUAUUGUCUUUGUGAUUGGCAUGAAUUCCACUUUAGAAAAUGUACAGUUAGCCACACACAUAAUGAAAAUGUUGGAAUUUUUUUAAUUAAACCUGACAGUUUUGGUUAAAUAUCUACACAUUCAGUGUUUUGGGCUCUAUGAGCUGUGGGAACUAAAUGGGUGAUGAGAGCCUCAUAGAGACUAUAUGGUUUCAGAGCAUCCUGUUUUUCUAAUCAAGAUUUGAUUUUGUAAAAUCCUUGAUGAACAGUUCAUUUCAAAUAAAGCCAUGAUACUGGCAAA